AUGCUAGCAAAAUUUGUCCUAUUCGUAAUACUAACUAUAAAAACAUACUGUAGUUUUCAUAUGAAUUAUAAAAUUUUAACAAAGGGGAACCAUAGGAAAAAAUAUGUGAAAACGGUUUCAUCUGUGAAUUAUUUAUAUACCAAAUGUCCACAAAACACAAAGUUAAGAAAAUAUAAAAAUAAGCUUUUGUCUUUUUUUUCAAAUUACUUUACGAGUGAAAGGGACAAAUAUACUUUAAAUAAUGAGGAAGAGGAAUAUCUUAAGAAAUUGGGCAGAACAGACAAGGACGAUUAUAAUGAAUUGGUUAAGUCUCAUGAAGAAUUCAUUAAAACGUGUACCGACAUAAAGAGCAAAUUGAAAUAUAAAGAUAUAUUCUUUCUUAUUACACAAAAAAUAAUUCAAAGAAGUUUAUACAACUUUAAAAGAAAACAGAAAUUUAACAUUUUUGGAAAUGAUGAGUAUACAAGUGAAUUGUCAAUUGACUAUAUAAAAAGCUCAAAUAUCGAAGAAAGAAUAAAAGAGCAAGUUCUGAAAAAAUUGACCCAAGAGUUAAACAGUAGUAGAUACUUCCUCGUGCGAAUCUUUAAAUGGAAAGGUCUCUUAGAAGUGGUUAACAUAAGUUCCCUGAUGCUUCCAGUCGCUUCGAUUGGUUUAUUUUUGUCAAAGAUGGGCUUCUUUGCUGUCGCCGUAAAUAUGCUACUGACUGCACAUUUUUUAACAUACAGAAAAGACGAAAAGAAAAAAAUGAAAAUAACCACCUUACUUUUAACACUGCUACCAAUAUUAGUACACACCUCUCUUGGAGUGAUUUGCAGUAAUAUUUUCCUCAAGAAUUAUCGGUUUCACAUUCCCACAUUUCUGAAAAACGAAAAUAUUUUGUCUUUUUUCAUAAAUAUACAAUUGUAUAUGGCCUCCCUAGUUUAUUUUGUUAAUAAUGAUAUGGAAGAAGAUUUAGAAGGAGAAGAGGAGCUAAAAAACGAUUAUGUCGAAUUUAACAAUGAUGAGUUACUGGGGUCAAAUAUGUAA